AUGCCUCGUGGUCAGAAGAGUAAGCUCCGUGCCCGUGAGAAACGCCACCUGGCCAGGAUGGAAAGCCAGAGCAUAGAGGGUGCUCAGGCCACUGCUGCAGCAGCUGGAGAGGCCCCCUCCCCUGCCAGUCCUCCCUCUGAGCGAAGAUCUCAGAAUGUGCCUGCUGCUGAGACACCUAGCUCUCCUAGGGCUUCUCCCAAAACUACUGCUGCAGCUGCUACAAGUGCCAAGUCAGAUAAUGAUGCCAAUAGCCAAAAUAAGCGAAGCUCAAGGUCCUCACAGGGCGUUGAGGACUUCGAAAGAGGUCCUUUACACAGCAUGGUGGUUUUGUUGGUGCAGUACCUAAUGCAGAAGUAUCAGAAAAAGGAGCCAAUUACAAAGUCAGACAUGCUCAAGCAUGUUAUCAAAAAGCACAAGCAUCAUUUCAAUGAGAUCUUCAAGAGAGCCUCUGAGUACAUGGAGCUGGCCUUUGGUGUUGAUUUGAAGGAGGUGGAUCCCAUCAGGCACUGCUAUGUCUUUAUCAACAAACUAGACACCACCUACGAUGAUCCGACCAACGGUGAAGAGAAGAUGCCCAAGACCGGCGUCCUGAUGAUGGUGCUGGGUGUGGUCUUCAUGAAAGGUAACUGUGCCCGGGAAGAAGAUAUCUGGAAAGUGCUGAAUGUAAUGGGUGUCUAUGCUGAUAAGAAGCAUUUCAUCUAUGGGGAUCCUAAGAAGCUUGUCACCGAAGAUUUCGUGCAGCAGAAGUACCUGGAGUACCGCCAGGUAGCCGGCAGCGACCCUCCCUGUUAUGAGUUCCUGUGGGGUGCCAGGGCCCACGCCGAAACCAGCAAGAUGAGGAUGCUGGAAUUUCUCGCCAAAUUGCAUGAUAGCGUGCCGAAUGCCUUUCCAUCCUGGUAUGAAGACGCUUUGCAAGAUGAGAAAGAGAGGGCCCAAGCCAGAGCUGCAGCCAAGGCUGCAGCCAGGGCCCGCAUUGCUGCCAGGGCCAGCGCACGGGCCACAGCCUUGGUUCGCAACCCCUCCCAACACUAA